UUUUUUUAACACUCGUUGAAACAUUUUUGGUAUGUUCUGGAAUUUUUUUUUCAAAAAGCCCAUCGGACAUGGUUUAAUACGCGGUCAUAGAAUUUGUUAGGACAAACCUACUCGUAUACCUAACGUUUUUGUUUCCGGCGUAACUUUAAUUACUGCAGACGUAUCUACAGCUCCUUGCGGGCCGGCAGUUUGUCGACAUCAUUGCGCAAAGCCUUCACAGAAUUUCGCCGUCCAGUCUCCAGCUUUGGGUUUCGGUCGUCGUGGUACUUACUAUUACUUGUCUCAGAAUGUUUGGAAUUGAUUAGUUCUGGAUCUCGAUCUACCUAUCUGAUUUGCAUUAGCACGAAUACAAAACGAAAUGUUUUCUUCUGAGUAGCUUCCUUUGUUUGUGGAACUCCCACAUAUGAAUCGCUGCAAGCCUUCGACCUGUCCGCCGCUGUAGGAUCCAUCAUUUCACUCUUUUGAUCUUACAUUUAGAAACGCAGGACACAGAAAUGGAUGAUUCUGUAUCCCCCGCUGCAUUCGCUGAUAUGGGUUUGGAUGAGCGUAUUUUAAAGGCCAUUGCCGAUUUGGGAUGGAAGGAGCCAACUUUGAUUCAGGAGCGGGCGAUCCCUCUGGCUCUCGAUGGCAAAGAUAUUGUGGCGAGAGCACGCACGGGGUCAGGAAAGACUGCUGCUUUCCUUAUUCCCAUUAUACAAAAAAUCUUACUACGAAAAUCCGAUUUGGAUCAGAAAGCAUGUUGUCGCGCUCUCGUCGUCGUUCCUUCUAAAGAGCUCGCCAAACAGGCUUACAAGAACCUCCUGGAGUUGACUGCUGUGUGCUCGACACAAGUAAGAUGCGUGGAUUUGUCAAACCAGGCUGAUCUUGCAGCUGAAAAACCGCUCUUAAAGGAAAAUCCGGAUGUCGUCAUCGGUACCCCUAGCAAAAUUUUUGCCCACUUACAAAGUAGAAGUUUGACACCGAAGCAGAAGCUGGAAUUCAUCGUUUUUGACGAAGCCGAUCUUUUGUUUUCAUUCGGCUACGAAAGGGAUAUUCAGAAUAUUAAACCGUAUUUGCCAGAGAUGUGUCAAACUUUUCUGACAUCAGCAACAUUGUCCGAGGAUAUUGUCAGAUUAAAGAAAUUGUUUUUACAUAAUCCCGUGACGCUGAAACUGGAAGAAAGUCGCCUCCCAGAAGCUGAUCAGUUAACGCAAUACCACAUUCAGUGCGAUGCCACCGAGAAGUUUGUCCUGCUGUAUGCGAUGCUUAAGCUGAAUCUCAUCCAGGGGAAAACCAUCGUUUUCGUCAACAGUGUGGAGCGUUGCUAUAGGGUCAAAUUGUUUUUGGAACAGUUUGGCAUUAAAGCUUGUAUUCUGAAUUCAGAACUGCCGGUAAAUUCAAGGUGCCACAUUGUGCAGCAGUUCAACGAUAAUGUGUACGACAUCCUCGUCGCGAGUGACGAGAUCAAUCUGAAACCAGCUGCGGCAAAAGGGAAGAAUAAGCGAAAAUCUGACAAAGAGUAUGGAGUGUCCCGUGGCGUCGACUUCCAGAACGUAUCCAAUGUGAUAAACUUUGAUUUCCCUCUGAAUGUUGAUGCUUAUGUGCACCGUGUGGGAAGAACUGCACGAGGCCAGAACCAGGGCACUGCGCUUUCCUUUGUAUUGCCCAUGGAAUUACCUCUCCUUGAGGAAGUUGAUCGGCUACUUUCUGAAGCGCUGGAUAGUGGCGGUGGAGUACCUACGGAAGCAGCAUCUGUAUUUAAGCCUUAUCAGUUUCGAAUGGAUCAGAUCGAGGGUUUCCGAUACCGUGCAGAGGAUGCCAUGCGAGCUGUUACCAAAGUAGCUGUGCGGGAAGCUCGGAUUAAGGAAAUUCGUCAGGAAAUGCUAAACUCGCAGAAGCUGAAAACAUAUUUCACAGACAAUCCGCGAGAUUUACAAGUUCUCCGGCAUGAUAAAACUCUUCAUACAGUCCGUGUUCAGCCACAUUUAAAGCAUGUACCGGAUUAUUUGGUGCCACCAGUGCUGCGACCAGUUGUGAAAAGCAGAUCAGACACGCCGAAAACCAGCAGCACGAAGAAGGUUCAUCCUAGCAAGGGAGCAUUUCGCAAUCGAAAACGAAAAGCAGAUCCUUUAAAAAGUUUUGAAUUUGGCGGACUAGCGGAAAUGGUAAAAAAGAGACGUCACAAGUGAAUAGUUUUAUUUUGCUAUUGUAAGCGAGAGAUGACAACAUUUUUUUUGGGUAAAGUUUCUGUGUUUUCGCGUCCGUGAUUAUAAAACAAACAUUUAACUGCGCAUAAAUUCACGCAAGUCA